GAGUGACUGAGAGGGUGUGUUUCUGUGUGGGUGAGAGACACAGAGAGAAGGAGGAGGGGUGUAGACAGAGAGAGAGAGAAAGAGAGAGAGAGAGAGAACCCUAGCAGUCUCUCAGAUCUUGGCUGUGGUGAGGACACCCAGGAGAAGUGCAUUCCUGAGGCAGCAGGCGAGGAGAAGGCAGUGAGAUAAAACAGAGAAGUCGCGACGUCCUUUAAAUCUCUCCGUGACCAAGUCUGACUGCCUCUGACCUCCGCUGGACUCGCACGCUCCUCACGCACACACACUCACUCGCUGCCUCGUACACCAGCCGCACAACCAGCUUCGCUGCUCUGUCAGAAGUAAAGGAUUUCCCUGAGUGAGGAAAAGAGACGAAGAGAAUAAAAACAAAGGAAAUAAAGACACUGGAGAGAAGGACAAGAUCCUCUCACUCGAGUCAGUGCCAUGCAGUGUUAAGUUGAGUCAACCCAAGCUGAAGUGAUCUGUUUUUAAGACCAUCUUACCCUUCACCCCGUCCUGCCUGGUCCCAGAUGGAGCUCAAAGUGUGGGUGGACGGAGUAGUGCGGGUUGUAUGCGGCCUGUCUGAGGAGACGUCGUGCCAGGACGUGGUCAUUGCUCUGGCCCAGGCCAUUGGUCAGACGGGCCGUUAUGUUCUGAUCCAGCGUCUUAGGGAUACGGAGAGGCAGCUAUUGGCCACAGAUAGGCCUCUGGAGUCUCUGGCUAAGUUAGGCCAACAUGGCAGUGAAGUUCAGUUCUUCCUGCGCCGUACUGGUCCUAGCAGCAGUGAUGCACCCAGCUCAAAACAAGACGGACCAACUCCCCUCCCACUGCCCAAGCAUCCUGAGCCAGAGCCUUUGAAACGCAGCCAGCCUAAGAAAGCACUCACCUUCAACCUGGGGCCAUCCACCUCUCCUAGAACCAAACAGUUUAAGAGGUCUCCUCGGGACUCUCCAGAGCAAAGAGCCUCCCCCUCCCCUUCCCCCAGCCCUGUAUCCUCUCAUGUGCCAUCCCCCUCUCCCUCACCACCUAUAGGCCCAUCCAAAGAGGAGGUCUUUAGGAAGGUUCUUCAGCAACAGGAGAGACUGAGAGCUAUCGAGGCCCAGCUAGAAACCCUAGAGAGGGAGUCACAUACCUGUGAGCGUCGCUACCCAUCUCCAUGUCCGUCACCAGUUUCUGACACUCGCUUGCAAGAAGAGAUGGACGCUCUGGAGCAAGCGAUGCUGAGGAACCAGGCCGAGCUUGCCCACGAGCAGUACUGGGAGGAGGAGCUUCAGGCAGAGAGGGAGAGGGAGCGAGGAAUGAGGAGGAAGCUGGGGGAGCUCCAUGCCAAGCUAGACGACUGUGGACGGCGGCUCCACGACUUCUCUGUUCGCUCUGCUCAGCUGGAGCAAGAGAUCCAGCGGGAAAGCCAGGCGGAAAGGAAAGCCAACAGACCUGAGGAGUCCCUCGAUGCUGUGACAGCAGAGCUUCAGAGCCAGGAAAAUCACGGAAAAGAGCUGGGGGAGCAGCUAUCUCAGACUGACAAGGCUCUGGGGAAGGCAGAGUCUCUGCUGCAGGCCAAACAGGAGGAGCUGGAAGAGCUGAAUAAGGAGCUGAGGCAGUGUAACCUGCAGCAGUUUAUUCAACAGACAGGUGUCCUGCCAGCGCACACCCACUCACGCACAGAGCUUCAGGAGCAACUGGAGCAGUUAGAACUAGCACAUCUUCUGCAGGAUGGAUACAGUAAUGGAAGCCACAGUGUAACUCCAGUGGAAUCACCGCCUCGCCCCACUGCCAAACAGUUCCUGGGACAUCCACGCAACCUACAAAACCCUCUAGUGUCCAGUCUCAACCCUGAGGUCCUGACAUCCCAAGAGUCGUCAUGGAGAUAAAACAUGGACCGCAGGGCCAAGGGAAACUUGUUCACUGUUCUGUCACCGUCAUCUCUAAUUUGACCCCUUUCUUUGUAACUCUUGUCAUUAUUUAAUCUACCAUGAUAUACAUACUGUAUAUACAUAAGACAAAUAUAUUUACAGUUUUGCUACUGUAAACACUGCAAAGUAUCUGUAUGAAAUGUAAAAUAAUUUAGAAACCUUUUACCUAGAGCAAUUAUUACUAUUACUGUGUAUUUAAAUAUAAUAAAAAUGUGCAUUGUGUUUUAGAUAAUCUUUUGUUGAGUGAUUGUUUUUCUUAAUACACUGUUUAUGGAAUCACAUUUUAUUAUAAUCAUCCUUGUAACUACAGUAACUAGAAGCGGGGGAGCGGUGAAUCUGGAAUAACCUGCAGUAAAUAAUUAACACACCAGUGUACACUUUCUAAAAAUUACAGUGCCAUGAAGCUCCAAUGUGAAAUGCAUUAUGAAUAUAUUAUAGGCAAUGAAAUAUGCAUGCUCUUCUCAUUGCUUACGGUACAAUGGGUCCUGUGAUGUGCAACCAUUUCUGGGUAUUUUAAAGCUGGUAUUCAAAGGUGGCUGAUUGAAAGUUCAUAAAGUGCAUCCAUGGGAGCAGAGGGAAAUGUGGCAAACAUCCUGGCAUCACAGCUGCUGCUGUUAUGGGUGAUGUAACACAGUAUAUCUACAAGACAUGUGAUCAUAAAGGCACAAGGGCACUGUGACCAUUUGAGAAAGCCGACUAUCAAUCUAUUUAGUUGUAAAUGUACCUUGUUGAUAGUUUUGAAGUUCAUUGUGUGUUCAUGCUACUAGUAUAAUGAAUAGUGUCUUUUUUUUUUAGCACCAGAGGACAUCUAAGUGACUUUAUCCCUCUGAGUCGAUGUAUGUUCUCUCUAUCUCUCUUAAAUUUACUGACAACAAAACGACUCAUUGUUUUCUUAUAUUCUGUCAUUUGUGAUUGCCCUGGCAUUAUAGGAUAAACACACAGUUGCACAACUGGACUUCUGUACAACACUUUAGUCCUCCACCCCUUUCCUGUUUGUUUACCCUAGAGCGUAAAUAUGCUGGCUGUCACACACACAGUGACUUGAUCUUCCCUAGUGCUUUGGCUAACCCCUGACUGAAACCCUGUGGAUUUCUAUAAAUACUCUCAUCUGCUGAUGCUUGCCAGGUAAAAUCCCAAGCAUGCACGUAUUUUCUUUCCAUUUCCAUAUAUACAUGAAUGGAUAUCAAAAACUUUCAUGAAAAAUAUACUUCUUUUUUUUUUUAAAUUAAUUGUUUCCACUUUAUGCCAAUUUUGUUAGGUCUUGACCAUGUGUUUGGAAGUAAGGAGGUAGAUAUUAUGAUUAAUUAUGCAGAAUUGGAUUUCACUGAGAAGAUUUAGAGCUGUCUGGCUUGGCAAGGGUUAGAUAAGCUCCAAAUCCUUGUUUCGUUCACUGUCUGGACAAGCCCACAGCAUGGUGCAACGCUGACGCCUACCUGUGGACAUGAAGGAUACUGCACAUACACCUUAAGUCAAAAUACCAAGUCUUUCUCUUUGUAUUUCCCACCUACUACAUUCACAUUGAAAAUAAUGGAGUAUUUAAUGCUAGGUCAUGUGAUGCCUAAUGUGAUGCCUACUGAUGUAGAAAUAAAGUUAUAUUUCUGAAAAUCAA